UGUUGGUCUGCGUCUGUUUGCUUUGAGCACUGUGGCCUGGCCGUCAACUUGCCAUGUUCCUCACUCGCCUGACUUCACAGCUUCUCAGGGCUGUGCCCCGGACAGGUUUGAGUCGUUCCUGGCCUGGAUCAGGGGUGAUUGGCAGCCAUGCUUUUCGACCCCUUUACAGUUCGCAGCCUGCAAGCCCAAGUCGGGCUGCCUCCCUCCCUGAUCCGAAGGCGGAAGAUGAACCACCACAAGUACCGUAAACUGGUCAAGAGGACGCGGUUUCAACGGCGUAAAGUCCGGGAAGGACGGCUGAGAAAGAAGCAGAUCAAGUUUGAGAAAGACUUGAAGCGCAUCUGGAUGAAGGCAGGCCUAAAGGAAGCCCCUGGGAACUGGCAAACCCCAAAGAUCUACAUGAAGAACAAAUAAGCCUGGAACCCUAUUCCUCUGGCUGUCGUGCUGCUGACCCAUUAUAAUAAAUGUUGGAAGGACUCAAAA